AUGCAACAGAUGUAUUCUGUCAAACCGUAUUUGAAUUCCUACGAAAAUAUUCGCCUGCCUGAUGUGAUGUAUUCAGUAAGGAGUUACCAUGAUAUAUCUUAUACUAGCGAAUCAAUAGGAAAUAUUACAAGUAUAAAAGAAAGUUUAGAGGAAAUUAUCAACAGACAGCUGGAACUCGUUAAUGAGCUUAUAUCAUUUAUUGAUCAUUUGAGUAAGACAUUAUUAAGCUCUUCUUCGUCUUCAACAAAAAUUGAAGCAACAUUCAGAGAACCGAAGAUUCUUUCCAAGCAACAGUUUACAUUUAGAAAGGGUAAAGUUGGUACUUCACCAAAGGAAGAGAUAGGUACAUCUUAUCCUUCAGCACUGACUGUUUUUGAAACUGUAAAAUAUUGCAUGAACACAAUUACACUUGUUGGCGAUAUUGAAGAACUGUGGUUGAAAAAUCUGGCAAAAGUUGGUGUCAGAGCUUCCAUAUUAUUUGAAGGAUUAAAUGAUGGGAUCAGUGCACCACGUUGUACUAUUAAGCUACAAGCACCUAACAACCGUGAAAGUUUAGCAGCCGAAAUAAAUGGCACGAAAGUGACAGAGCAUAUUUUAGUUUGGAAGUUACUGGGUGCAUUGAUCUUGCUUUAUCCAACGACUCCGGUGCAUGCAGAUAUCUGUACUCAUAUAGAUUACUGGCUGCUACUAAUAGAUGAUGUGCUGUCAAAUAGAAGUAAUGAAGAUAAUUUAUGUCGUCAUAUGAGUACUGCUUUAAGUUAUCACGAUUAUCUUGUUCCAAAUGUUUCUGCAACGCUGGCUGAUGUUCUUGCAUAUUCUGUUAUCACAAAACAAUUGUAUUAUGCAAAUAAUGUUGAAUUGUGGUUACGACGUAUGGAUAGAUUACUCCAUUUUGUGCGUGCAGUUUUGCAUCACCGAGUGUUUGCUUGGGCGGUUACCAAGGCCCAUUACUUCUUUCUGAUGUCAUUUAAACUUGGCACGGUGCCGUUAAGGCGUACAUAUCUCUAUCUUCAACAAGGUACAAUACAAUUCAGAGACUGUGUAAAGAUAUUUGCUAUUGGUUAUAAACGAUUUCCACGAGACGAUAGGCGACAUAAGGGUGUGAUAGACUUUGUUUUUUGGCACUGGGCUCAACUGCAAUACAGUAACCCCUAUGUUCAGCUGGUGCGGUUUACGAACAUCAGCGUUGUACCCUUUGGGAAGGCUUUUUUAGAUGAUGGUCGUGAAGUGCUGUUCGAUUUAGAAGAUAAGACCCGCGAAGAAAUUGAGGAAAUGUUUCGAACGACCUUGGGUAAAACGAAAGUUUCGUUGAGACAAGAACGUUUGGAAAAAAUGUUAAGGACCGACCAAGCAUUAUUUGGGAAAAAAUGUAAGAGGGAAUGUAUUUGUGAGGUGCAAGGGCAACACCCAUGUACGUCACUACUUUAUGCCCCUGAUUAUAUGAAAGGAAAAUGGCGGUGGAAUCAUAAUAUUUAA